AUGGAAGCCGAGUUUCGGAAGAUCGAUGAACCCGGGAGUUGGAACGCCAUUUACCAGGUAACGUUAGGUUCGUCUUGGCAAAUCAAGGUGGAUUUUAAGUUUCGAGUUCUGUGUGGUGAGUAGGCUAGAUGUUAACAUUAUGGGUCUACAACGACUUAUUACGUGUCUCGUGGUUAUAAAGUAUUAUUUCUGAUUUAUUAGGUACCAAUUCUGAUACCCUAGCUAGCUAGCUAGCUAGAUUACCUUGUUCCGAUUGAUUUAAAAUGACCAAUCUCCUCGGCGCUGUCCGAUGUAUGAAGCCUUCUAGCAAGCCCCACUGUUUCGAAUGAUACAUUUGUUAUCGAGUAGGCUAUGUAACGCAGAUUGUCACAUUUGUGACGUUUACCUGCACGUGGUUGAUACAUUGUAGCAGAUUAGUGUUGUUACAUUGACAGUGUCAAUCGAUAGUUAAAUGUAGACGGAUUCCCCUACUUACUCCAUGCCACAGUUCAGACAUCAUGCAUGUUACUAGAAAAAGGGCAAACCACAAUUGCAAUUACAUUUAUCUAACUAACACAUCUAUUAACUAUUAGAAUACUCUGCAUUACAGACAAUGCCUAAACGUGACUGUGUGGCCAGAUGUGUCAUAUUUGAGAAUAAUGUGGUGGAUGACAAUUUAUUAUAGUGUCAGCAUAAUUUGUCAAACUGGUUUAGGGAAAUAUCCUUUAGAUGGCAUAUUAAGAGCAGAUAUCCCAAGUAUCCUGUUAUUGUGUUGUAAAGAACGACCAUAGUUUUAGAAAAUGGUAUUUGGACAUCCAGACACACUGGAUAAGCACACCAUAAAUCUGCAAAGUAGUACAUGCUCAAUAAGACCCAGCUAGGGUUGAAACUAGUUUUAAUUAACAGAGCACCUUUAGGAGAAUACCAGUGAGAGAGCAACCAUAGGAACAACCAUUUGCCUCCCAAAACAAAGAUAUCUCCCAAGUUAAGAAAUUAAGUUUGAAUGUAUGGUUGUUUUUUGCUCUCAGGAAAUCCGUCAGCAAUCAAGUGAGCUGCCCUGCAAACUUGCCAAAUUACCUGAAAACAAAACUCGGAAUCGCUACAGAGAUGUCAGCCCAUGUAAGUUUUGUACUCUUGACUCCAUAUAGAGGAAUGAUGAUUGAGCUGCUGAGAUUCCUCGGUCUAGAUACAGAGGCAAAACAUAAGAUAACAACACGCAAAUAACACAAUAAUAACAGGCUGAAACAUUUGAUAAUAAUAAAGUUUAUAAUAAAGUUGAUGCACUAUGCAGGACAGCUUUUGAUACCUGUGCAAUUUGCACAAUCUUCUCUUCAAAAUCAACACUGUUCUUGUAUUUAAGUGCUAUAUACUGUGACUGAAACUUGUUAAGCUGUAGUCUUUGAAACAUCUCAUGUAUGGCAACAGAUGGAUCUUUUAAGGUCAGAUGCCUCACAAGCAGUUCAACAGAUCAAGCUUUUAAAGUAUAUAUUUUAAAUCUUCCGUCAUGGUAACUCGACACAGCAAAGCUGUUGUGGUUUCCUCUUUUCACAAAGAUGCAAAAAGCGAACCUAAACCCUAUGGGACAGACGGUCACAUGUCAACCAGGGUGUCCAUAUGUUCUUGUUUCCUGGUUUGAGGUAAAGUGAAAAUCAGCCAUACACUAGACUUCUUCAAGUAUUUUAAAUCUUGGUCAUUUACUUUAGUCCCAUUCCAACUAUCUUUUGAUUUAGAUUAGAAGAAAUAGAUAGUAUUUCCUGUGUAGUUGAGUGGAUUAGAACAGGAGAAGAAAUAAACACUGCUGUGUUUCAGUCACAGAUAGACAGUACAGCUGCAAUAAAUGUCUUUUGAGAACUGAAUCUCUAAACACAAGUCCCUUGGGAUAUUACAAAUUCAUCAAUGUUCUUUAAUUCUCUGCAGUUGACCACAGCAGAAUCCGCCUGCAACUGGGUGCGAACGACUACAUUAACGCCAGCCUAAUUUCUGUAGAAGAGGCACAGAGAAGCUACAUUCUUACUCAGGUUUGUACUCUGGCUUUUAUACUCUGGCUAGAAGGUUCUGAGAAUAAAUUGUUGUCUAUAUGUCAAGGGAUUACAGCAAUUUUACUUGGUUCAGAAUGUCCGAUUUCCAAUUUAUGAAGACAACAACAGCACAGUGAAAACAAACUUAAAGCAAACCCUUCAAAAGCAAGCCGGGCAUCCUGUGUGACCUGGGAGGGGAGGGGGGUUCUAGUUCAUAAACAAAUGUAUACAAUUUAUAUAGUAGGCUAUGCUCUCUGGUUUAUAUAUGUUUUUAUAAUGUCCCAAAUACCCUCUAGUUCAUUGUCAUAGUCCCGGAGGGCCGAUUCCUCUUGUUCCAUAGUCAUGAAGUCCCUUAACUAAAUGUUUAUGCUGAAGCACUGAGGUUGACAUACUUUCCAGUUUAUCAGUAGUGUCCUUUUGACUGAUAGAAAGAAUAAAUGUUUUAUUACAUUAUCAUCACAUUGAUUCUUUUCUAAGAUGUACACUCACUGAGGUUUCAUUUUAGGAUUGUGUAAAAGUGCCACUCUGACUUGAGUGCCAUGAUACAGUUUAAGUCGGAAGUUAACAUACACUUAGGUUGGAGUCAUUAAAACUCGAUUUUCAACCACUCCACAAAUUUCUUGUUAACAAACUAUAGUUUUGGCAAGUCGGUUAGGACAUCUACUUUGUGCAUGACACAAGUAAUUUUUCAAACAAUUGUUUACAGACAGAUUAUUUCACUUAUAAUUCACUGUAUCACAAUUCAAGUGGGUCAGAAGUUUACAUACACUAAGUUGACUGUGCCUUUAAACAGCUUGGACAAUUCUAGAAAAUGAUGUCAUGGCUUUAGAAGCUUCUGAUAGGCUAAUUGACAUCAUUUGAGUCAAUUGGAGGUGUACCUGUGGAUGUAUUUCAAGGCCUACCUUCAAACUCAAUGCCUCUUUGCUUGACAUCAUGGGAAAAUCAAAAGAAAUCAGCCAAGACCUCAGAUUUGUUUUUGUAGACCUCCACAGGUCUGGUUCAUCCUUGGGAGCAAUUUCCAAACACCUGAAGGUACCACGUUCAUCUGUACAAACAAUAGUACGCAAGUAUAAACACCAUGGGACCACGUAGCCGUCAUACCGCUCAGGAAGGAGACGCGUUCUGUCUCCUAGAGAUGAACGUAGUGCAAAUCAAUCCCAGAACAACAGCAAAGGACCUUGUGAAGAUGCUGGAGGAAACAGGUACAAAAGUAUCUAUAUCCUCAGUAAAACAAGUCCUAUAUCAACAUAACCUGAAAGGCCGCUCAGCAAGGAAGAAGCCACUGCUCCAAAACCGCCAUAAAAAAAGCCAGACUACGGUUUGCAACUGCACAUGGGGACAAAGAUCGUACUUUUGGGAGAAAUGUCCUGUGGUCUGAUGAAACAAAAAUAGAACUGUUUGGCCAUAAUGACCAUCAUUAUGUUUGGAGGAAAAAGGGGGGAGCUUGCAAGCCGGAGAACACCAUCCCAACCGUGAAGCACGGGGUAGCGGCAUCAUGCUGUGGGGGUGCUUUGCUGCAGGAAGGACUGGUGCACUUCACAAAAUAGAUGGUGUCAUGAGGAAGGAAAAUUGUGGAUAUAUUUAAGCAACAUCUCAAGACAUCAGUCAGGAAGUUAAAGCUUGGUCGCAAAUGGGUCUUCCAAAUGGACAAUGACCCAAAGCAUACUUCCAAAGUUGUGGCAAAAUAGCUUAAGGACAACAAAGUCAAGGUAUUGGAGUGGCCAUCGCAAAGCCCUGACCUCAAUCCUAUAGAAAAUGUGUGGGCAGAACUGAAAAGGCGUGUGCGAGCAAGGAGGCCUGCAAACCUGACUCAGUUACACCAGCUCUGUCAGGAGGAAUGGGCCAAAAUUCACCCAACUUAUUGUGGAAGGCUACCCGAAACGUUUGACCCAAGUUAAACAAUUUAAAGGCAAUGCUACCAAAUACUAAUUGAGUCGUGGUCAAAAGUGCUGCCUCAGUUUUGAUGAUGUACAUUUGCAUAUAUUCCAGAAUGUCAUGAAGAGUGAUCAGAUGAAUUGCAAUUAAUUGCAAAGUCCCUCUUUGCCAUGAAAAUGAACUGAAUCCCCCAAAAUACAUUUCCACUGCAUUUCAGCCCUGCCACAAAAGGACCAGCUGACAUCAUGUCAGUGAUUCUCUCGUUAACACAAGUGAGAAUGUUGACGAGGAUAAGGCUGGAGAUCACUCUGUCAUGCUGAUUGAGUUAGAAUAACAGACUGGAAGCUUUAAAAGGAGGGUGGUGCUUGAAAUCAUUGUUCUUCCUUUGUUAUCCAUGGUUACCUGCAAUGAAACACGUGCCGUCAUCAUUGCUUUGCACAAAAAGGGCUUCACAGGCAAGGAUAUUGCUGCUAGUAAGAUUGCACCUAAAUCAACCAUUUAUCGGAUCAUCAAGAACUUCAAGGAGAGAGGUUCAAUUGUUGUGAAGAAGGCUUCAGGGUGCCCAAGAAAGUCCAGCAAGCGCCAGGACCGUCUCCUAAAGUUGAUUCAGCUGCGGAAUCGGGGCACCACCAGUGCAGAGCUUGCUCAGGAAUGGCAGCAGGCAGGUGUGAGUGCAUCUGCACGCACAGUGAGGCAAAGACUUUUGGAGGAUGGCCUGGUGUCAAGAAGGGCAGCGAGGAAGCCACUUCUCUCCAGGAAAAACAUCAGGGACAGACUGAUAUUCUGCAAAAGGUACAGGGAUUGGACAGCUGAGGACUGGGGUAAAGUCAUUUUCUCUGAUGAAUCCCCUUUCCGAUUGUUUGGGGCAUCCGGAAAAAAGCUUGUCCGGAGAAGACAAGGUGAGCGCUACCAUCAGUCCUGUGUCAUGCCAACAGUAAAGCAUCCUGAGACCAUUCAUGUGUGGGGUUGCUUCUCAGCCAAGGGAGUGGGCUCACUCACAAUUUUGCCUAAGAACACAGCCAUGAAUAAAGAAUGGUACCAACACAUCCUCCGAGAGCAACUUCUCCCAACCAUCCAAGAACAGUUUGGUGACGAACAAUGCCUUUUCCAGCAUGAUGGAGCACCUUGCCGUAAGGCAAAAGUGAUAACUAAGUGGCUCUGGGAACAAAACAUCAACAUUUUGGGUCCAUGGCCAGGAAAUUCCCCAGACCUUAAUCCCAUUAAGAACUUGUGGUCAAUCCUCAAGAGGCGGGUGGACAAACAAAAACCCACAAAUUCUGACAAACUCCAAGCAUUGAUUAUGCAAGAAUGGGCUGCCAUCAGUCAGGAUGUGGCCCAGAAGUUAAUUGACAGCAUGCCACUGGGAAAGUGAUGAAAGAAAUAAAAGCUGAAAUAAAUAAUUCUCUACUACUAUUCUGACAUUUCACAUUCUUAAAAUAAAGUGGUGAUCUGAACUGACCUAAGACAGGGAAUUUUUACUAGGAUUAAAUGUCAGGAAUUGUGAAAAACUGAGUUUAAAUGUAUUUGGCUAAGGUGUAUGUAAACUUCUGACUUCAACUGUAUCUAUAUCAAAAGUGGGUAACACUUCAUUGGAAUCUUCACUGACAUGCUCCUUCUACGGGUAGUGUAGCCCGGUCACAUUUAUUACAGUGGGUUUGUUUCAACUGUGCCUGAUUGACAUAAAAAUAAUGGAUGAGAGAUGCUUGUAGCGUAGCUCUGGGUUGUUUCUAACAAUACCUCCGCCCCCUCUUCUUAUUCCAAAGGGACCCCUUCCAAACACAUGUGGUCACUUCUGGGAGAUGGUUUGGGAGCAGAGGACCAUGGGAGUGGUGAUGCUGAACCGUGUCAUUGAGAAAGGAUCUGUGAGUAUAUCAAUGAUUUAUUAGUAGUAUUUAAUUCAUAUGAGCCUCCUUGAAUAUUGAACCUCAUUAACCACUAUGGGCCUCCAGUUAGAGAGCGCUACUCUGUUUCAGUAAGACAGAGGGGCCAUGGAAAGUUGUUCACAUAAGGGCCUUUCCACUUCCUAUCUCAAAAUAUUAAUAUUAUACGUAUUCAAUGUGAACAUCCCUAUCAAAUGUAUGCACUUCUGACUGUUUUCAGGUGAAGUGUGCACAGUACUGGCCACCUAGAGAGGAGAGGGAGGCGAUCUUUGAAGACACAAAUUUCAAGCUUACACUUGUUUCAGAAGACAUUAAGUCCUACUACACUGUCCGUCAGCUGGAGCUGGAAAAUCUGUCGGUAAGAUUCCUCUUCCUCAUUGUGCCAUCUUCUGUUCUCCUCAGAUGUAUCCACCCAUAGAACCAGUGGAUCCCAACACAGCAUCCUAUUAUAUAUAUAUUUUUUAUACUUAGGCAUAAAAACAAACAUUGAACAAAUGGUUACACUUCCUGUUACAGUGCUCUUUUCAGUGAUCUACAGUGCCCUCCAUAAUUAUUGGGACAGUGAAUCAUUUUUUCUUCUUUUGGCUGUAUACUUCAAAAGUUUGGAUUUGAAAUCAAACAAUGACUAUGCGGUUGAAGUGCAGACUCAGCUUUAAAUUGAGGGUAUUUUCAUCCAUAUCGGGUGAGCCGUUUACAAAUUUCAACACUUUUUGUACAUAGUCCCCCCAUUUUAGGGGAGAAAAAGUAUUAGGACAAAUUCACUUACAGUGAGGGGGAAAAAGUAUUUGAUCCCCUGCUGAUUUUGUACGUUUGCCCACUGACAAAGAAAUGAUCAGUCUAUAUAAAAGACACCUGUCCACAGAAGCAAUCAAUCAAUCAGAUUCCAAACUCUCCACCAUGGCCAAGACCAAAGAGCUCUCCAAGGAUGUCAGGGACAAAAUUGUAGACCUACACAAGGCUGGAAUGGGCUACAAGACCAUCGCCAAGCAGCUUGGUGAGAAGGUGACAACAGUUUAUUCGCAAAUGGAAGAAACACAAAAUAUCUGUCAAUCUCCCUCGGCCUGGGGCUCCAUGCAAGAUCUCACCUUGUGGAGUUGCAAUGAUCAUGAGAACGGUGAGGAAUCAGCCCAGAACUACACGGGAGGAUCUUGUCAAUGAUCUCAAGGCAGCUUGAACCAUAGUCACCAAGAAAACAAUUGGUAACACACUACGCCGUGAAGGACUGAAAUCCUGCAGCGCCCGCAAGGUCCCCCUGCUCAAGAAAGCACAUAUACAGGCCCGUCUGAAGUUUGCCAAUGAACAUCUGAAUGAUUCAGAGGAGAACUGGGUGAAAGUGUUGUGGUCAGAUGAGACCAAAAUCGAGCUCUUUGGCAUCAACUGAACUCGCCGUGUUUGGAGGACGAGGAAUGCUGUCUAUGACCCCAAGAACACCAUCCCCAUGUCAAACAUGGAGGUGGAAACAUUAUGCUUUUGGGGUGUUUUUCUGCUAAGGGGACAGGACAACUUCACCGCAUCAAAGGGACGAUGGACGGGGCCAUGUACGGUCAAAUCUUGGGUGAGAACCUCCUUCCCUCAGCCAGGGCAUUGAAAAUGGGUCGUGGAUGGGUAUUCCAGCAUGACAAUGACCCAAAACACACGGCCAAGGCAACAAAGGAGUGGCUCCAGAAGAAGCACAUUAAGGUCCUGGAGUGGCCUAGCCAGUCUCCAGACCUUAAUCCCAUAGAAAAUCUGUGGAGGGAGCUGAAGUUUUGAGUUGCCAAACGCCAGCCUCGAAACCUUAAUGACUUGGAGAAGAUCUGCAAAGAGGAGUGGGACAAAAUCCCUCCUGAGAUGUGCGCAAACCUGGUGGCCAACUACAAGAAACGUCUGACCUCUGUGAUUGCCAACAAGGGUUUUGCCACCAAGUACUAAGUCAUGUUUUGCAGAGGGGUCAAAUACUUAUUUCCAUCAUUAAAAUGCAAAUCAAUUUAUAACAUUUUUGACAUGAGUUUUUCCUGCAUUUGUAUUUAUUUAUUCUGUCUCUCACUGUUCAAAUAAACCUACCAUUAAAAUUAUAGACUAAUCAUGUCUUUGUCAGUGGGCAAACAUACAAAAUCAGCAGGGGAUCAAAUGCUUUUUUCCCUCACUGUAUGUGUAGUAAAAAGUUAAGUAUUUGUUCCCAUAUUUAUAGCACACAAUGACUACAUCAAGCUUGUGACUCUACAUAUUUUUUGGAAGCAUUUGCUGUUUGUUUCAGAUGAUUGUGUGCCCAAUAUAAUGUAUUGUGUCAUUUUGGAUUCACUUUUAUUGUAAAAAGGAAUAUAAUAUGUUUCUAAACACUUCUACAUGAAUAUGGACGCUACCAUGAUUACGGAUAAUCCUGACUGAAUCUUGAAUAAUGAUGAGUGAGAAUGUUAGAGACGCACAAAUAUCAUACCCCAAAAAAAUAUUAACUUCCCCUGUUAUUGUAAUGGUGAGAGGUUAGCAUGUCUUGGGGGUAUGGUAUUUGUGUACAUACACUUAUUGGCCAUUAUUAGGUACACCCAUCUAGUACCGGGUCUGACCCCCCUUUGCCUCCAGAACAGCCUGAAUUAUUUGGGGCAUGGAAACGUUGCUCAAAUGGUAUCAAGGGACCUAACGUGUGCCAGGAAAACAUUCCCCACACCAUUACACCACCGCCACCAGCCUGUACCGCCAAAUCCUGACUCUGCCAUCAGCAUGACGCAACAGGAACCGGGAUUCGUCGGACCAGGCAAUUUUUUUCCCACUCCUCAAUUGUCCAGUGUUGGUGAUCGUGUUCUCACUGGAGCCGCUUGUUCUUGUUUUUAGCUGAUAGGAGUGGAACCCGGUGUGGUAGUCUGCUGCAAUAGCCCAUCUGUAACAAGGAUCGACGAGUUGUGCAUUCCGAGAUGCCGUUCUGCACACUACUGUUGUACUGUGCCGUUAUUUGCCUGUUUGUGGCCCGCCUGUUAGCUUGCACGAUUCUUGCCAUUCUCUUUUGACCUCUCAUCAACGAGCUGUUUUCGCCCACAGGACUGCCGCUGACUGGAUCUUUUUUUGUUUGUCGCACCAUUAUCUGUAAAACCUAGACACUCGUGCGUGAAAAGCCCAGGAGGCCGGCCGUUUCUGCGAUACUGGGACCGAACGAUCAUACUACGCUCAAAGUCGCUUAGGUCACUUGUUUUGCCCAUUCUAACGUUCAAAUCGAACAGUAACUGAAUGCCUCGACGCUGAUGCCUCCUACUUUAUAUAGCAAGCCACGGCCAUGUGACUCACUGUCUGUAGGAGUGAACCAUUUUUGUGAAUGGGGUGUGGUGUACCUAAUAAACUGUGUGUGUGUGUGUAUAUAUAUAUAUAUACCCACAUUCACUAUGAGGAGUGCACUGUACUUAUUUAUUAUCAUUAUCAGAAGAGAUCCAGGCUAUUCCUAGAAAUCCUCCACACAGCUUCGGUGGGUUUAUGACAUCCGUCUAUAAGCAACGGGUUUAUGACUUCCUUCUACAAGCAACUCCGGGCUACCAUGUUCCAAAGUUAUUUAAAACAUGAUUCCUAUAACGUUUUUUUUUACUUGUUCAUACUUGUUAUGGUAGGGAAAUACAGCAAUCGAUAUCUCUGUUCUAUUUUAUGCUUAGUUGGUUUAUUUGUCCUCCUUCUACAGACUCUGGAAACUAGAGAGAUCCUACAUUUUCACUACACCACCUGGCCUGACUUUGGGGUGCCCGAAUCUCCAGCCUCCUUCCUCAACUUCCUGUUUAAGGUGCGGGAGUCUGGGUGCCUCAACUCUGACCAGGGGCCUGUGGUGGUGCACUGCAGCGCAGGCAUCGGCCGCUCCGGAACCUUCUGUCUCGUCGACACCUGCCUCUUACUGGUCAGUACUGGACUGGGAAUUCCAUAAAAAAUGUCCAACUUUAUUCCUCCCACAAGGGAAAUUGUGCAAAUGUUGUAUUGAGAUGGGUUGUGCAUUCUCUGGCUUUAUGAAGAAUCAUAACUUCAUGCCAGGUUAUUAUUUAUCAUUUUGUAACUAACUUAGAAUUGUUCAAUUUAAAUUAUUAUACAAUAUCCAAUAUGGAUGGUGUUAAGAGAUCGAUGGGAGGUGUUGAAUGGAGUUGGGACUAAUAACAACUACCAACAACUAAUAACAAAAAGAUAACUAAUGUAAAGCAUACUGUGUCCAUAAUAAGUAUAUAGGUUAUAGGUUGAGAGCUUUUGUGAGCACAGUUAGAAAGAUAUGGCAUAUAGAAGCAAACCGGAUGGACAUCAUCAAAAUGAUCGGAGAGGUUGAGGGUAGAGGAAGUUCAGGAGUAAAAACAAACAAAAUAGAAUGAUUGUAAAAUUGACUGUGUCCAUAAAAUGUAUAUAGUAUGUAUAAGCUGGAAGUAGAGGCCUAAGCAUUGUUGUUCACUAGUUUACUCCAAUUAGGGAAGGGAUGGGGGGUUGGAAAGUAAUAAAGGGAAAUAUUUUUUUUAAAGGAUAUGUGUGUGUAUAUUUAUGUAUGUGUAUAUGUGUGCGUGUAUGCAUGUAUGUAUGAGAAAAAAACAUGGGGGAUUGGAAGUGAUGCAGACAAUUACUUUGAUGGAAGUUACAAUAUAUCUGCAAUAUUAAAGCUGAUCUACCCCCUAAAAAAAAUUAAAAAUAAAUAACAUUUCUGUUUGCAGAUGUCCAUGCGCAAGGACCCGUCAUCUGUGCGCAUUCGUGACAUGCUGCUGGAGAUGAGACGCUAUCGGAUGGGCCUGAUUCAGACCGCUGACCAACUCCGAUUUUCCUACCUCGCUGUUAUUGAAGGUGCCAAGUGCAUCAUGGGAGACGCAUCGUUGCAGGUACAUUUAAUUUCUCUUUUAGUUGCUGCUAUGAACCAACGUGCUAUAGUAGAUCAUGCAAGAACAUCCAAAUUUAGUCUCCGGUGCCUGUAAAAUCUGUUUGCCUUUGUGUAAGGGUUCUUUCGGGAAGUAGCUACUAGCAACAACUCCUUGUUGGCCACAGAAUGUUGUUAUACUUGUCCUCUAAUGAAAAAUUGAAGAAGUCUAAUUAGGUCAAGUGUUUAUUUGAAUAGUUUGGAUUUGGGCAGCCCAAACUAGAUUUAGAUGUCUCCUCAUAAUGUACGGACAAAGGUCAUAGCUAUUCUCUUCCCUGUAAAGCCUUUGAAUGUUUAAAUAAUACCCACAUCAAUCCAUGAAUGUUUACGUUAAGGAGUCGUGGAAAGAGCUCUCCAAAGAAGAGGAUGUUCCUCCAGAGUUCACCCCUCCCCUGCCCUGCCCCCGACCACCAGGUCUAAUCAACGGCAUGGUUGAACCUUCCUUCUUUCCUGAGGAGAUUGUUGUUGAGCAGAACAAUUCCCACACUCGCAGGUAAAUAAGAUCAGCUCAAUUAGACAUUUUUAGCAGUCUAGACUUCAUACAUGCAAUAUUUAAUAUCCCCAUAUCUCUCUUUGUCCUUCUCCCCCUCUGAAUAUCUCUCUCUCCCAUUGCAGUGCCCCACCAGAAACUGAACUGCGAUGGAGGGGAGGUGGUGAUGGUGCUACCUUCCAGUCUCCCACUGUCCCCACUGAUCAACCUGGCGGCCAGGUGGGAAGCAAAGAACCAGAUCCCAAAGCUCUGAUGGAACCACACCGACUGCAUGAGACCGAAACUCAACAGGGGCUGAACCAGGACCAGGCAGCAGCAGCAGGAGAUGACAGCCCUGAGGCUCAGGGUGCCUGGACCCCCCUGCUGGCCAACAUGUGCCUCUGCACUGCCCUGGCCCUGGGUGCUUACGUCUGUUACCGGGCCUGUUUCCACUGA